AUGUCUUUCCAGAGCCGGCCGCAAGACAUCUUCGGCCCCAACACGCCGUGUAGCCUUGAUACAUGCCCGAUAGCGUGGUCCAUGUUUGGCUACCGGCCGUCGCUGGCGGCCAACGUCGUGUUCUUGGUGCUUUUCGCCGUCAUCGGCGCCGCGCACGCGUACCUGGGCGUGCGUUGGCGCAGCUGGGGCUUCAUGACGGGCAUGCUGCUCGGCUGCGUGGCCGAGAUCCUGGGCUACGUGGGCCGCAUCAUGAUGUGGCACAAUCCAUUCUCCUACUACGGCUUCAUGGUUCAAAUCAUCUGCCUCACGAUCGCGCCCGUCUUCUUCACCGCGUCCAUCUACGUCACCCUCUCCAAGACCAUCGUCCACUUCGCGCCCGACCUGUCGCGCGUGCGCCCGCCGUCGCUCUUCUACUGGAUCUUCAUCCCCUUCGACGUCGCCUGCCUGGUGCUGCAGGCCAUCGGCGGCGCGCUCUCCACCACGGAGCGCGACGGCCGCCGCACCGGCGUGCACAUCUCCAUGGCCGGCCUGAUCCUGCAGGUGGUCGUGCUAGCGGCCUUUGCGGCGCUCUUCGCCGACUACGUGGCGCGGCUGGCGCGGUCGGGCCGCGCGCGCGCGGAGCUCGCGGCCUGGCGGAGCGUGGCUUUCUUCGCGGCGCUCGCGGCGGCGUGCGUGUUCAUCUUGGCGCGCUGUGCGUUCCGCGUGGCGGAGCUCAAGGAUGGGUAUGGGGGGAAGCUGUUCCGCGAGGAGGUGCCGUUCAUCGUGCUCGAGGGCGUCAUGGUGGUGCUGGCGGGCGUGGCGCUGCUGUUUGGAAGCCCGGGGUUAGUGUUUGACAAGCCGGGGGCGGUGCGUGGGAAGAAUGGAAAUUCGAUGAGCGAGGAGGGCGGCAUGUCGAUGGAGGAGUAUGAUGGAGAGGGGUUUGGGAGAGCUGACGGGAGGUAG